GUAGAUAUCCAUGGGAUAUUACGAGGCCUAGGUAUCCCACGGAUACCAGGACCCACUUAAGUUGGCUGUCACAACGGUGACGCAGGGUCCGCCAAGUCCGCCCGCCUCGGAGCGUUUUCGUGCUUUCGCCGUUGGAGCAGCAGCAGCAGGGCAAGAUUUGAUGCACAGAGUCGGCCAUGGCCUCGAUAUUCCGCUCUCUGCCCCAGCUGCGCACCGCUGCACCGCGACUCUCACGACGACUCUUCUCCUGCAGGCCAUGCCUCCACCACUCGCCGAUCCGCGCUGCCCUGCCCACGCCCCAGUCACAGUCACGGUGCGCUGUCCCGCGGCCCUCAGCCCUGCAAUCAGUGCGAUGGAACUCGACGCAGCCAUUGAGGAGCAGCGCCACCCUCGAGGGGGUCAAUACUGAGGGCGCCAUCGUGCGCGACACGACCAAUGCGAAUAAGAGCGGGGCCAGGUCCAGCAGCUUCCCCAACACGUCGUCCAACACGGUGGCAUACUGGCUGCUGGGGAGUGCUGCCAGCGUCUUUGGCAUCGUCAUUUUCGGCGGCUUAACGCGCCUGACAGAGUCGGGGCUGAGCAUCACCGAAUGGCGUCCCGUCACAGGCUCGCUGUGGCCCUCGAGCGAGGCUGCUUGGGACAGCGAGUUCACAAAGUACAAGUCGUCGCCCGAGUUUGUGCGCCUCAACUCGAGCAUGACGCUCCCCGAGUUCAAGCAGAUCUACUUCAUGGAAUGGGGCCACCGUCUGUGGGGUCGCGUCAUUGGCAUCACCUUCCUCGUCCCCACGGCCUACUUCAUCGCCCGCCGCAGGGUGACGCCCUCGAUGGCCUGGAAGCUCGUUGGCAUCUGCGGCAUGAUUGGCUUCCAGGGCGUGAUCGGCUGGUGGAUGGUCAAGAGCGGGCUCAAGGAUGACCUAUUUGCUCCGGGCAGCCACCCUCGCGUCAGCCAAUACCGUCUAACAGCCCAUCUCGGCGCUGCUUUCACAGUCUACUGCUCCAUGGUCCUAGCCGGCCUCUCCAUCCUCAAAGAAAACCGCAUGCUCGCCGACCCCGCCAAAGCCGCCGAAAACAUCCGCGCCCUCCAACACCCCGCCCUACGCAUCUUCCGCGGCUCCGUCGUCGGCCUCGCGCUCCUAGUCUUCACAACCGCCAUGUCCGGCGCCCUCGUCGCCGGCCUCGACGCAGGCCUCAUCUACAACGAAUUCCCCUGGAUGGGCCUCGGCCUCACCCCCCCUAGAAAGGAGCUCUUCGACCCCUUCUACAGCCACGUCCCCGACCACUCCGACCUCUGGUGGCGCAACAUGCUCGAGAACCCGUCGCUCGUGCAGCUCGACCACCGCGCCCUGGCCACGACUACCUUCACAGCCGUUUUGUCGCUGUUCGCGUACUCCCGCUUCUCAAAGGGCGUCCGCACUACGCUGCCCAAGGACGCGAGUAAAGGUGUGCUCGGCAUGGUUCAUCUUGUCUCCCUGCAGGUCGCGCUGGGUAUUAGUACGCUGGUUUAUAUGGUGCCUACGUGGUUGGCUGCUACGCAUCAGGCUGGCGCGCUGGCCCUGCUUACGGGCUCGGUUGUGCUGUUUAGUAGGAUUUCUCUGCCGAGACGCGCCAUACUGAAUCAGGUCUUGAAGCCAGUGGGUCAUAGGACAAAGGCUACGCAGCAUAUUAGUUCGCGUCUUGAGGCUGCGAAGGGUGGGGAGAAGGGGGUGUAGAGGUUUUGGAUGUUUAGAGUGUGUCGCGCGUUGUGUUUAUGAGGCGUGGUUGGGGGUUAGAAAUGUACAUUAUAUUGUGAGGCUUUUAUGGAUUUGGGGUUUCCCCUCUUACUUGGGUUCUUUGGGCUGUUGAUUGGUCGUCGUUAGGCUUGGGUACGCCCUUGCACGACUCGUGAGGUUCGAAUGGGCUGCUUGACUUGACUUGAUUUACUCGCCUGGUUGUGAUGAUUUACUUCAUGUGUAAGGAUAUGGUAAUAUACGAGAGAGGAGGUGUACACAUACAUCGAGCACGAGCACGAGUAUGGACACGGAUAUAUACAAUGAGACAUCACUCAGGAUAUGAG